CUUUCGUGUUUUCGACAUUAAAAUUUUCCUCAAAAACCGUUCUCGUAUUACAACGCCAGAAUUAUUAGCACUUUCCCUUCUAGGGAAGUUUUCUUUUUUGUUCGACACAAUUGUCUCCCUUGCACCAUAUAUUUUAUGCGGCUUUGAGACAUCGGCUCGAUAAUUGUGUAACUGUCUCUUCUCUCUCUUUGUGACUCAUAGGAUUGGGCUCUCCUACUUGAGAGGGCCUUUCCGCGUGGAGGGGUCCAGUCCAGCGAGCUUAUCAGUUAGUACAUGACUGUUGCAUGCAUCGCGUUACAUGUCAUAUCCUGCAUCCCGAGUGUAAAUCAGCUUUGUGAGACCACGUGGCGAAAGUAACGCGUCGUGUCACGUUUGGAAAGAAAACGAAGAGUCGCGUUGAAUGUUGUUGAAUGUGAAUAUGAUGUUGAAUAUAUAUUGAAAUCAGCAGGGCGAUAUAUGAGUGGAAGUUCUUAUCUCCUUUCCAAGGGUUCACCGCAAUCACAACUCGUGUAUCAAACACAGGAUAUCCGCAAUACGAUAUCACGCAACAACACGAUUUAUUCAAUCGCGACAAAUGUAUUUGCAAACAUGGAUAUUUAUGGUAGCGCACAUAAUCCAUGCCCAACACGUUGCGAGAGAAAGCAUUAUCAAACGUGGUCUAUGCAACGGUUACAAGCCUGGCGAAGAUGAUCUACAGACCUUCGACUUCAUCAGCAAGUUGCAAUUGGAUCUGCUGAAUGCGCGUUACAGCAGCAUGACGAAAGUCCGAGGCAGCAAUCGUAUGCAGACGGCAUAUCGGCUAGAGAAAGACACUGACGUCACCCUUCCGACAAAGAAUAUUAUACCGACUGGGCUUCCAGAGGAAUUCUCGUUGGUGUAUACGCUGAGAGCUAGAAAGUCACCGAAAUACGCUUGGCAUAUUAUUAAGAUCAUGGAUGCAAGAGAUAAUGUUCAAUUUCUCAUCACGAUGAAUCCCAGGAAACAGACGCUGGAUUUUUCAUUGAUUGAUCAUGAAGAAAAAUUGCAGACGGUCUCUUUCCCGAAUGAUCACAUAUUCGAUAAGGGUUGGCACAAAAUAAUUUUCGGAGUGUUCAAGGACAAAUUAGUGCUUAAAAUUGAUUGCGAAUACAUUGGUACGAAAGAAUUAAGACCGCGCAGAUCAAGUAAAAUCGAUGGAGACAUGUCGAUAGCCAAAAUGAACAACAGUAAAAUCACUGUACCGAUCGAUAUACAAUGGAUGAGCUUAAACUGCGAUCCUACGAGACUAGAGAGAGAAACAUGCGAGGAGCUACCUAAAAGUCCAGCCGCCUCGCUUCAAAUGAAACCUGCUUGUGAAAAAGUCUGCCUGCAACGAGUCAACAGUACACAUGAAUCCCUCAGUUUACGCGGUCCGCCCGGAUUACCAAGACCAAUUGGUGUACCAGGUUUACCUGGAUUUCCAGGACAACGUGGACCGCCAGGAGAACAAGGAAAAACAGGUGCCCCUGGUAAUACUGGCGCCAGAGGUUUUCCAGGAUUACAGGGUCCCAAAGGAUCGAUCGGACCUGCGGGGCCACCGGGGUUACCAGGUUUACCGGGACAAAAAGGUGAUCGCGGUGAAAGGGGUGAUAUGGGAUUUCCGGGAUUGAAAGGAGAUCAAGGUCCUCGAGGAUUUCCAGGCCCACCAGGGAAUAGCAACUCGUCACGCUUGAUGGGUCCUCCGGGCGAGAAAGGAGCUAAAGGUGAACGGGGAGACGACGGUGCUCAAGGACAACCGGGUGAAAAAGGCGAACGAGGAGACAGGGGAUUAGACGGAACUCGCGGUCAUGAUGGCAUACCUGGUGCCCCCGGUCCUCUGGGUCCUCCGGGACUUCCCGGUUCCCCUGGACCUGCAGGAAAUGUCGUAUUUACGGAUGCUCCUGGCAUUCCAGGACCACCAGGUCCUCCUGGCGUAACAGGACUGCCGGGGCCACCAGGUCCUCCAGGAUUACCAGGAUUAUCAGGGCCUCCUGGUCCGCCAGGCCAAAGAGGUCCGAAGGGUGAUACCGGAGAACGUGGUCAAGAUGGCAUACCGGGGCUGACGAAUAAUAACGUAAUACCGGGGUCACCUGGUCCUGAAGGACCUAUCGGUCCUCCUGGCGAAGAUGGUCUUCCCGGUGAGAAAGGAGAAGUCGGACCAAUAGGUCCUCCAGGAUCACCCGGAGAAAUAGGAAAAGAUGGACUUCCAGGAUUACCGGGACCGCAGGGACCUCCAGGCUUACGCGGGGAACCGGGUUCUCCAGGAUCGCGAGGUUUAGAAGGGAUCGCAGGAAAACCGGGGCCGCCAGGGCUCGAUGGAAAAUCAGGUCAAAAGGGCAAUAAAGGACAAGAAGGCGAACAAGGUCCUGUCGGACCUCGUGGGCUACCAGGAAAUUCGGGUUCAACGGGCCCGCCGGGUGCACCAGGCGUACCAGGAUUGGAAGGAAGACCUGGUCUAUCUGGAUCACCAGGACUGCCAGGUCCGCCAGGUCCGCCAGGACCUCCAGGAUCUCCUGGCUUUUCAAAUGGUAACUUCGAUAGCAUUGGUAGUCUCGGUCUUGAGGGACCCAGAGGCCCAACAGGUUCUCCAGGAAUACCAGGUGAAAGAGGAGCUCCUGGAGAACGAGGACCAGAGGGUCAAAUAGGACCGCCUGGAAUACCCGGCAAGGACGGAGCACCUGGAUUGCAAGGAUUACCCGGAAAUAGAGGUCAAACGGGAUUACCAGGACUUCAAGGCCUGCCGGGACACAAUAUCAACGAAGCAGAAAUUCGUGAUAUUUGCGCCAGCGUACUAAGAGAACAGAUGACUGAGAUGGCAGCACUCAUGCAGGGCCCACCUGGUCCGCCCGGUCGAAGUCGUCCGGGCCGUCCUGGAUCGCUUGGUCCCCAAGGUCGUCCAGGUGAUCCAGGUUCACCAGGUUUACCAGGAGAACGUGGAUUCGUCGGCUUACCGGGUCCGCAAGGCCUCAUCGGGCCACAAGGGCCACCUGGAGAACGCGGAGAAAAAGGGGAUAGAGGUCUCGAGGGAAUCGGUUCAGAAGGUCCACCUGGUCCAAUAGGUCCCCCUGGACCUCCUGGUAACGACGGUGUUGGUUUACCUGGAAGACAGGGUGAUAAAGGCGAGCAAGGCAGAUCAGGUGUUCCCGGUGUUGUAGGAGCGCCAGGAGCGCAAGGACCACCGGGAUUUUGCGAAUUCUGUAAUUAUCCUAGCAGCAAUUACUUGCAAUACAAUCGCGGUAAUGAAAAAGGUCCUUGAUCAACAAUAUUAUAGAAACUUAAAAAAAUUUUUAUGCCGCAGAAAAAAUGGAUAGUAAAGAUAAUUCAAUGUAUUUUCUAAUAUAAAUAUUUAUAAUUUAAUAGUCAUCCUAAUCUGUGUAAAUCUCUGCAGAGAUUCCUUAUAAAUCACUGCCAUGUAUACAAAUCGUUUCUUUUAAUUGCGACAAAAUAAUGUGAUUAAAGCAUCGAGUUCAAUGUAUUAUUCAAUAAAACUUAUUUUUGAUA